AGACUUGGAUCCACGCCGUCAGGUCUAACCCUAGUCUUCACACAGUGGCGGGCGGUAGUAGAAGAUAUGUAUAACAUAGCAGUGCUUGCCUUGAUGCUUAUCGCAUCAAACCUCACCUGUGGACAUAGCAAGGUUCCACUAUGUGCUGAACUGAACGGCAACUGCGUCUCGGCCUCUAGAUGUGAACGUGUUGCCUCAUCUCCUGCUUCCUGUCCAGCGUUUCUCAUAUGCUGCCUUUCCGCCGGUUCAAAACGAGGACAACUCAUGAACGUAAGAAGAGAACGAGGGGCGGAGAGAAAACUGAAGCUACCAGAUAAAAUGACCAAAAAAGAUAAGAUUCUCAUCACCAAUCUAGCCAACAGAGAUUUUGAAGUAGAACAGUUUCAAAGAGUUCGCGAAAAAGGGCAAAAAUCUCUCCUCAAAAAUUGGAAGAAUUUCCACAGCAAGACCUCUAGUAAGGCAAGAAAAAUACUAGCUUUAAGUAAAGACUCCGAAUAUCGGAGUGCUGCAGCCCAAAGGUAUCCUAAACUAAAAUCCAGACGCAGAGGUCACAACCAGAAGACUAUUAAAAACAGUGAAUCUGGCACAAAACGAAAAAAUAAAUUUAAGAAGGUGAAAAAGAAAGAUGGUUCUCGGGGAAGAAAAAAUGUGAAGUUCAGUAAGAGGAAAAAUGUUAAAACAAAACGAGGGAGAGAUAAUUCUGAGAAGAGGAAUGGAAUCAAAAGGGUAAGUAAGGACAGCUCGAAAAAGGUGAAGACAAAUAGCGUAGAAAGAAUUAAAGAUGGCUUUCAAAAUGUACAGGAGAAUGAAAUACAAACCAAAGGUGGAGAAGUAAAAGUAAAAAAAGGCAGGAGAGAGGGUAAACUUGGUGAACUUAUGAAGAAUGUAACGCAAGGAAUAAGGUACGAUAGAAAAGUGGAGCCCAAGGGGCGAGUUUGGGAUGGCACUAAGAAGACGGAAGAGAAUAAAAGACGAAAGAAAAAUGAUGAUCUAAAGGUGAAGAAGAAAAAAGACCAAUACAAAGAUAAAAACAAAGAGGUUAAAAGGGAAGAAAAAGAACUAAGGAAAGCUUACUCAAAUAAGGUAAAAACUUAUAUACUCAGAGACAAAAAUACUGAAAAGGGAACGAAUAUGAGAGGAAAAGAGAUUCUAAGGGAGGGGAAAAAAAGUGAAGUGCGAAAUAAAGGAAAGCGAAAGAAGAAAGGGGACAGUAAAGAUGGGGCAUAUAGAAUUAAGAUACAGCGAGGCAAAUCUGAAUCCAGAUUGAAUUAUACUGAAGAUGAGAAUGAAGUCAAAAAAUCAAAUUCAGUAAGAGAUGAAGGUGACAGAAAAGAAGGCAAGGUAGAAAAAAACCUAUCAUUGCUAGAAGGAAGGGUAAAGUGUCGCCAGUUUAAGAAAUGCUCCUCCAAUGAAGCAAGAUGCGUGGCGCUUGGGACAUGUCGCACAGCAGUCAUUGCUGACAAGUGUCAAGGCGCUAAGUGUGAGUGCUGUCGGUCAGGAUGUUUCCGCAACACGAAGAGUAAUUGCUUGCGCCAAGGCGGAGUGUGCAAGAAAAAGUGUAGUUCUAAGGAAGUGAAAGUGAAAAAAGGGUGCAUGAAGAAGAAAGGCCGCAAAUGUGUCUGUUGCAAGUUGAAAGGCACCACGGGCUGUAAGGGGAAGUCCAAGAAGAAAUGUGAUGUGGCAGGAGGCAAGUGUAGAAAGAAGUGCAAGGUCACUCAGACUGAGCUGCCUAGAGGCUGCAAGAAAACGUGUCGGUGCUGUGUCACGUUAGUAUCAACAACCGAACCUGCACCACUUCCGACAAGCGAGUCUACGUUAAGUCCUCUGUUCAUCGGGCUAAUAAACUUAAUUAUAGAAAAGAACAGAGUGAAAUGUAUUCAGAUUGCUGUGACGCAGCUAGAGACUGCUCUACAGAACACUUUAGCCGCAGCACAGGCUAUAACCACAGGUGGAGAGACUAGAGAUAUCUCUGAUAUCCUUGCAGCUGAUGCAUUACUCACCACCGUACAGGAAGCACUCUCUUCUAAGAACUAUAUUGAGCUAGAGUCACUAAAGACAAAGCUCGAAUCCUCUACUAACAGUGUCAUGAAGGUCAAGAAUGAUAUCCAGAACGGUGAGCUACCGGUUAGCUCUACCUUGCUUGAGACCAUUCAGGUCACUUUGGUCAAAGCUUCUCAGACAAUUGUGAUAACAGUAAGCGAGCUGGAACAGAUAGACGAUUCUAUUGGAGGAAUAGUAAAUAACAUAAUACUCGUACAAUCUGGGAGCACAACUGUAGCCGCAAUAACAGCUACUGGUGUUCCAGUAAUGACAGCUGCAGGUACUGCAACAACGACAGCUCCAAGUGCAACAGCAGCUACAGCUAAUGCAGCAACGACAGCCCCAGGUACCACAACAACGAUAGCUCCGGGCACCGCAGCAGCGACAACCACAGGCGCCGUAGCAUUGACAUUCCCAGGUGCUGCAGCAACGACAGUACCAGGUGUUGCAGCAACGACAGUACCAGGUGGUGCAGCAACAACAGCCCCAGGUGCUGCAGCAACGACAGUACCAGGUGCUGCAGCAACAACACCCCCAGAUGCUGCAGCAACGACAGUACCAGGUGCUGCAGCAACGACAGUACCAGGUGGUGCAGCAACAACAGCCCCAGGUGCUGCAGCAACAACAGCCCCAGGUGCUGUAGCAACGACAGCCCCAGGUGCCGCAGCAACAACAGCCCCAGGUGCUGCAGCAACAACAGCCCCAGGUGCUGCAGCAACAACAGUCCCAGGUGCUGCAGCAACAACAGCCCCAGGUGCUGCAGCAACGACAGCCCCAGGUGCUGCGCUUGUCCAAGUUCAGGGACUAUUUUGCGAGUUUCUUGAGAAGCUAAUGCAGAUAUCCCUCCCAUCAGCAGGGGAGGAUGAGCGCCGUUACAAGAUUCAAAGACUACUCCAAAGACCAUCGAACAUUUCCUGCUUCGAUGCCUACGCUUCCACUUUCACACUGCACUACACUCCCAGCUCUCCGCCCUGGCCAUCACAACACUUGACCUGCCCAUCCUCCUGGCGGCCUCAGGCGUCCCGGCAAGCUGCUGUCCUAAGCCUUACUUGUGACCUUCUUGAGAACGACCGGCCAACUACCACGCCUAGAAAUGGACGCGGCAAGGGAGGCCGGCACCAGACCAGGUGGAGCCAAGCAAACCGCAGGAGCACCGAGCACGCCAAAGCACAGGACCGCCAAUGCCCCGGACGAGGGCGCCGCACCCACACGGAAGUGACGGCCAAACGGAAAAUAAUUGUAAUUGGAUCUGAGUACCGGAUUCGUCAGGAUUCGCCUCAGCCAGCAAGUAAUCGUCAGUGGAUUCGAGUACCAGAGGCUGGUAAUCGAAUCCCUCCUGCCUUGUCGGAUCCGGUGGAUCCGGAUCCAGUACUCGGAUCCUGCCCAGCCCUGUCAGUCAGUCACGGGAAGGAGCGUAAGGCACAUCAACCACUGCCCACCUCCGCCUGGGCCACACCACGUUCAGCGCUCACUUGCAUCGCCUACAAAGGCCACUUCCAUUAUCGUGUCCACGAAAUGGCAGAUUUUGAUCAGGGACUGCCUCAGUUUUUAGAUCCCUCCAACUCCUUGGAACUGGGGAACCUAAUAAUUCAUAUUUCAAAUUGCGCUUAA